ACUCCGUCUCUCUUUAAAUAAAUAAGUAAAUAAAUAAAGUGUGCAACCAGUGAAAAGAAAAGCAUUGUGAAAUACAAAGCAGCUCUGUGGGUUCCACUGGUUUGCAGCCUCUGAGCUGAUUUCUAAAGUGGGUGUAGCAGGUUUUUGCUCUGUAAAUUAUGGUGAUUUGCUGGUCAGGGUAGAUGAUACUUGUGUGUGGGGAAGGUAUGAUGGCAACAGAUGUUUUCCUUUUGCAAAAAGUAAAAUGUGGGAGUGACUUCUUUGGCCAUGACUUCAUGGUCUCUCACCUCAGAGCCAUUUGCAGUAAAAUUUUUAUAGUUUUAAAAAUAUGAUUCUGAACAAUUUUUGUUAGAGUUAUUUUGGGAUUUUAAAAUAGUUUUUUAGUUGUAUAUAUUGUAGAAUUCUUAAAAUUAUACAAUGAUAAUUUAUAAAAAUGCAUACAGUUAUAAUUCAUAAAAUUAUACCUCCACUGGCCAUUCUCAUGUAGCCGGGAGCAGUUGGCACCAACAGGGCUACAUCCCAGUGCUGACCUGCUCUGCAGGACCCAAGGAAGGCGAGCAUAGCCUACCAGCCUUUCUGAGUAGCCCAGUGACAGCACCUGGGGCUUCGAAGGCUUUCAUCCGAAAAUUGUGGGCGGAAACUUCCAGGGGUUUGCUCUGAGCUUCUUGAAACUUCUCAGUUUCAGAUGCAAAGUGAGUGGGUGUUUCUCUGAGAAGCAGAAUCAGAGAGAGAGAUAGAGACAGAGAAAGAGAGAGGUGUUUCCCGUAGCUAUGGAAACUCUAUAAGAGAGAUCCAGCUUCCCUUCUCUUGAGCAGUCAGCAACAGGAGUCCCGUCCUUGACACUUCAGCCUCUACAGGAUUAGGAAGAAGUAAGACCAUUUGCUGGGGCUGGCUGGAGUCACCGGCUGCCAUGCAGCAGCCCUUCAAUUACCCAUAUCCCCAGAUCUACUGGGUGGACAGCAGUGCCAGCUCUCCCUGGGCCCCUCCAGGCACAGUGCUUCCCUGUCCAACCUCUGUGCCCAGAAGGCCUGGUCAAAGGAGACCACCGCCACCGCCGCCGCCACCACCACCACUACCACCUCCACCACCGCCACCACUGCCUCCGCUACCACUGCCACCCCUGAAGAAGAGAGGGAACCACAGCACAGGCCUGUGUCUCCUCCUGAUGUUUCUCAUGGUUCUGGUGGCCUUGGUAGGACUGGGACUGGGGAUGUUUCAGCUCUUCCACCUUCAGAAGGAGCUGGCAGAACUCCGAGAGUCUACCAGCCAGAGGCAUACAGCAUCAUCUGUGGAGAAGCAAAUAGGCCACCCUAGUCCACCCCCUGAAAGAAAGGAGCAGAGGAAAGUGGCCCAUUUAACAGGCAAGCCCAACUCAAGGUCCAUGCCUCUGGAAUGGGAAGACACCUAUGGAAUUGUCCUGCUUUCUGGAGUGAAGUAUAAGAAGGGUGGCCUUGUGAUCAAUGAAACUGGGGUGUAUUUUGUAUAUUCCAAAGUAUACUUUCGGGGUCAGUCUUGCAACAACCUACCCCUGAGCCACAAGGUCUACAUGAGGAACUCUAAGUAUCCCCAGGAUCUGGUGAUGAUGGAGGGGAAGAUGAUGAGCUACUGCACUGCUGGGCAGAUGUGGGCCCGCAGCAGCUACCUGGGGGCAGUGUUCAAUCUUACCAGUGCUGAUCGUUUAUAUGUAAAUGUAUCUGAGGUAUCUCUGGUCAAUUUUGAGGAAUCUCAGACAUUUUUUGGCUUAUAUAAGCUCUAAGAAAAGCACUUUGGGAUUCUUUCCAUUAUGAUUCUUUGUUACACGCACUGAGACUGUUGUAUUCAAUGAGGGCCUUCUUAUGCUCAUUUGAGGUCAAGUAAGAAGACAUGAACUAAGUGGACCUUGAGACCACAAGGUUCAAAAGGUCUGUAGCUCCUCACUCACCUAACGUUUAUGAGCCAGACAAAUGGAGGUAUAUGACUGAAGAAUAUCUGGGCUGCCAUGUGAAGAGGCAGAAGCGUGGAAAAGCAGCUGCCAGGUGUUCUACAUUCAUCUUCAGUGCCUGAAAGUAUUUGGGCACAUUGAAAAGGACACCUUUUAACUCACCUCUCAGGGGUGGGCCUUGCUACCUCAAGGGUGACUGUCUCUCUGAUACAUGGUUGUGACAUGAGUGUUUGAGGGAUGGGAAAGGAGGACUAGAGGCUUGCAUAAUAAGCUAAAGAGGCUGAUGCUCCACUAGCAGCAUCUUCACUUCUAAACACACAGCCUGAGCCAUCGCUGAUAGUAACAGAGAAGCAAGAGAGAUAUUAUGGGGACCCAUUCAUUCCUAACACAGCAUGUGUAUUUCCAGUGCAAUCGUAGGGGUGUGUGUGUGUGUGUGUGUGUGUGUG